AUGAAAGAACGUAUUGUAAUAAUCAAUCCUGUAUACAAGGAUUUAUCUCUCGAGCAUGAGAUAUUAGCACCGAGCAAUUAUGAACUAGUUGUUGCGAAUGUGCAUUCUCCUAAUGAGUUAGUAUCCAUGAUGUCAGAUGCUGUAGCAUUGAUGACAGUCGAUGUGCCCAUCAAUGGUGAACUUGUUUCUCAACUAUCUCAUUGCCGAGUAGUUUCACGAAUGGGUGUGGGUUUUGAUUGUAUCGAUGUUAAAGGGUGCCGUCAACACAACGUUGAAGUGUGUUAUGUACCUGAUUAUGGUACAGAAGAUGUGGCGAAUCAUGCAAUUGCUUUACUAUUCUCAGCUCAUCGUCGAUUACUGACUUAUCAUCGUUCAAUAACUAACGGUAUAUGGGAUUAUAAGGUUGGAGGACAAUUACAUAAUUUGAAUGAAUUAAAGUUGGGCGUAAUAGGAUUAGGAAGAAUAGGAUCGAAUUUUGCUAAAAAGAUGAAAAUUUUUGUCAAAGAUAUUUAUGGUUACGAUCCGUUUAUUUCAAACGAGAAGAUACGAGAACAAAAUAUUCAUCCAAGCUCCACCGAUGAAAUAUUUUCAGAAUGUGACAUUAUUUCAUUACAUAUUCCGUUAACUGAGAAAAAUUAUCAUUUCAUUUCAUCAGCUACUAUUGCAAAAAUGAAACGUCAACCAAUUUUUAUUAACGUAAGUCGUGGAGGUUUAGUUGAUACGACAGCUCUCAUUGUUGGCUUGAAAACUGGACAAAUAUCUUAUGCUUGUCUUGAUGUGUUAGAAGAUGAAUCGAAUAUUAAUCAAGAAUUAAUCAAAUUAGAAAAUGUCCUUUUAACACCACAUGCUGCUUGGUAUUCAAUUGAAGCUGAAAAACAACUACGAACAAAAGCCAUAACAGAUGUUCUACGAGUAUUGAAUGGUCAAAAGCCAGUUUAUCCUGUUCCAAACGAAUAA